GACCCACGACGAACGUUCGCCAACACACAAGCACACACAGCACACAAGAGUGAAGGGUGUAUCCAAGAUGGCGCGUGGGGACGACGAUGGUCCACGCGGAGCAAAGUGGGUGCCGUAUCGGGACAGGCCUGAGUGGAAGGAUGUAAUACCAGUACCUCAAGACGACGGAUCAAGCCCCAUUGUUCGUAUAGCGUACUCGGACCAGUUCAAAGAUAUAUUCGAUUAUUUCCGUGCUGUACUGAAAUCAGAUGAGCGAAGUGAGCGAGCCUUCAAGCUAGUCUCAGACGCGGUUAACAUCAACCCUUCCAACUACACAGUCUGGCACUACCGUCGCGCCCUUCUCCAGGAUUUGGAAAGAGAUUUACACGAUGAACUUGGGUAUAUUCAGCAAGUGAUUGAAGAUAAUCCCAAGAAUUACCAGGUGUGGCACCAUCGACGUGUUAUCGUCGAGUGGCUGCAAGAUCCUUCAUACGAAAAGGAAUUCACAGAGUCUAUCCUGCAGAUGGAUGCGAAAAAUUACCAUGCAUGGCAACAUCGCCAAUGGGCCAUUUCAGAAUUUGGUCUGUGGGACGGGGAACUGGACUACGUGACUGAGUUAUUGGAAGACGACAUACGCAAUAACUCUGCAUGGAACCAGCGCUACUUUGUCAUAUCUCGCACAACGGGAUACACGGAAGACGUUCGAAAUCGCGAAAUCAAGUACACUAUAGAGAGCAUCCGGAAGGCUCCUCAUAACGAAAGUCCGUGGAGUUACCUUAGAGGGAUACUUGAAGCAGCUGGUGGUAGUGCAAGUAGCGAAGUUUGUCAGUUCUGCGAAGACUUGUAUGCACAGGGCUGUCGUGUGUCCUACCUUCUCGCUUUCAUUGUCGAUACAUUGGCCGACAAGUUAGCUGUUUGCUACGACGGCGAUAUUAUGGAGAGAGUGCAAAGUUUAUGCAAAAUAUUGGCACUAGAAGAAGACGUAAUCAGAAAAGAAUACUGGACAUUCGUUGGCAAAGAAAUUUUGCACAGAUAUAAGCAAGAACACUGUGGGAUAUUUGAGGAAUCAAGCAAAGCAUAAUUGUCAAUUGCAUUUCUGCUUGUAUAAGGUUUUUAAUAAUUGAAAUUUUAAAAAGACUGCAUCAACAAAGUUUUGGUGCAUGCUGAUUUUACCUUGUAAACCCAAUUUGAGCCCUGCUUUCCAUAUUGGACAUCACAGAGUAGCUAAAUAAAGCUGUGUCCUCGCUUG